AUGGCUCGGCCUCCGGGGUACCCGGUGUAUCAUUGUGCCAUGCAUGGUUUAGUUCAUGAGCAAGACGUAAACGACUCGACUCUUAUUCCUUCCACUCUCUCACUGUUCCUUUCAGCUUCUUCCAACUCUACCACUAUGCGGAUCAUCAACGCCAAAGUCGACGGCUACGCCGAGCAGCUGGGUGUGGACCGUUCGGACAUUACCUUCUCCUGGGCCUACGACGACGACGAGGGAGUUUCCAGCAAUGUCGAACAGACAGCAUGGCGCAUUACUGUCGGCACCGAUGCCUCGUUGGCGGUGUCAAGCUGGGACUCUGGUGUCGUGGAAUCGAGCGGUUCACUGGGUGUUGAAUACCGCGGACAGCUUGAGCCCCUGACGCGAUACUUUUGGCGCGUCGAGGCCCACUUCAACGACGGCUCUACGUUGACGAGCGACAUCUCCACGUUCGUUACCGGCAAGCUCGACUCACCUUGGGCCGGAAAGUGGGUCGGAAACAACACCAGCGACCCGUUCUACCUGCGCCGGCAGUGGUCUGCGACCAAGCCCGUAAAGCAGGCCUUUACAGUCGUGUCUGGCCUGGGCCACUUUGUCUUCCACCUGAACGGACGCAAGGUCUCGGACCAUGAGAUGGACCCGGGAUGGACAAACUACCGCAAGGUCGUCCCAUAUGUGCUCUUUGACGUCACCGACGAGAUUCGGCAGGGACCCAACGCCUUCGGGGUCGAGGUUGCCAACGGCUGGUACCACGGUAAAGCUGGAGGACGCUUCUUCCAGCUGGAAGCAACCGGCAUCGUCCCCAAGCUGUCACCCAACGUCGAGGAGCUCGAGUACCAAACGUUCGGCGACGUGCUCCCCGCAAUUGUCGAGGUUCACGUUCAAUAUGAAGACGGGACCACCGAGGUCGUUGCCACCGACGACACUACUUGGCGCGUCUGCGAAAGCGCCACCACUCUGGCCAACAUCUUUGGAUCUGAGGACUUUGACGCCCGCAAGGAGCCUGUCGGAUGGACGCUGCCGACCUUUGAUGACACCACCUGGGAGACGGCACAGGCGAUCCCUGUCGACCGCGCUCCCCUCGGAGCCCUCACUGCCCAGAUUCAGCCCGUGGCCGUGAAGAAGGUGUACGAGCCCAUCAGCAUUACCCAGCUUGGGGUCGGCAAGCUCAUCGUCGACAUGGGACAGAACAUGGCUGGCAUGCUGGAGAUUAGCGUGCGUGGCGCGUCUGGCGAAGUGGUCAAAUUCAGCAUGGCCGAAAAGCUGCGUGCGGACAACGGCGACAUCGAGGUUCGCGUAGACGGUGACCACCUUAUCCAGUGGGGAGACUGUAACGUGCGCCACGAGUACACCCUUCGAGGUGACGACAAGGGUGAGCAGUGGAAGCAGCAGUUCUCGUACUAUGGCGGCCGAUACGUGCGUGUCGACAACGCCAGGCUGCCAGACGACGAGUCUUCCGCUUUCCCCGAGCUCCUGGCCAUUCGUGCACACUACAUCACCAUCAAGGCCCCCGUCAUUGGCAAAUUUUCGUCCUCGGACCAGCGCCUCAACGACGUCUACAGGCUCGUCACGGAGGCGGUCGACAGCAACUUGCAGAGCACCCACACCGACUGCCCAUGCUACGAGAAGGCCGCCUGGCUCGAGGCAUCCCAGAUCAUGGCCCCCAGCAUCAUGUUCCACCGCGACGUGUCGUUCCUGUACGCCAAGAUCUUUGCCGACAUUCGCGCCGACCAGUGGCAUGCCGGUGACCGUGACUUUUACAAUGGCAAGCUUGCUCAGUACCAAAAGGAAGGCUUUAUCGGAUCGCGUGCACCCGUGUACGAGAUCAAGUGGACGAGCAUCCCGCCAGGAGACAUCUGGGACAUUCCGCCCUGGGGUUCGUGUAUCGCCAUCGGUCCUCACUGGCACCACCUGUACUACGGCAACGACAAGGUCGUGGCCGACAACUACGAGGCAGCCAAGGCCUAUACCAAGUACCUUGGAUCACGAGCCACUGCAGAGGGUCUCAUCGAGCACGGUCUGGGUGACUGGGGCAACCAGAACGUCCACGAAAUGGCCAAGGCCAACGUCGAGACGGCCACAUACUAUUUGGACCUCGCCAUUAUUCGCGACUUUGCCAAGAUUGUCGGCAACGACGCGGAUGCCGCCGAGUAUGGCAAGCAGGCCGAGACGGUGCGGGACAACUACGUCACUCGUCUCAUGGAGUUUGACACCACCACCAAGCGUUGGGGCUUCCGUGCCAAGGCUGACCCCCGCCUGUCGUUCCGUCUCAUCAACGCCAUCUUCUCGUUCAAGGCGUGGCUCCGCGGUCCCGGAAUGACACCAAUCUCCCAGGCCAUGCCCCUGAUGCUCGACAUGGUGCCCGCUGAGCGCGCCGAGGACGUGUUGGCCACCCUCCGCCACACACUCGACACGGACGGCUACUCGUGCGGCGAGCUCUCGCUCCCGUACGUCAUCAACGUUCUCCGCAAGCACGGGUACAACCAGGACAUUCUCGACAACCUCGUCGUUGCCAAGGAGCACCCCAGCUACUACCGUUUCUGCGAGCAUGGCGAGACUUCGCUCCCCGAGUACUUUAUCGACAAUGCCCGUAGCCGCAACCACGACAUGAUGGGCUCCAUCCUCCAGUGGUUCUACAACGGUCUGGCCGGACUCGAGCCCACCAAGCCUGGGUUCAAGCAGUUCACCGUCCGUCCAUGGCUCGGCAAGAUGCUCACCAACAUCAACGUCGAGUACAUGUCGGCCAGCGGCCGUAUCAGUGUCGUCGCCACUCGGUCUGGAACGUCAGCCAUUGUCGAUCUUGUGGUCCCGCCCAACACUCGCUGCAGCGCACAGCUCGACCGUGUGCUCCCUGCUGGCCGGGUUGCGACGUGGAAUUCAGUAGAAGUCGCCGAGGGCCGCUCAGAGUUUGACCUGGGCUCGGGUCGCCACCAGUUCAUUAUUUCGGUCUAA